AUGCCUUCCACCGCAUACUCUUCUACCCCUCCUACGAUCACACCAGCCUCUCGCGAAGGCGAUGCCAAUUACAAGGCACCAAUCUUUCCGCUAGGUCCUUUUACCAAGUAUUCUGGCAAUCCUUUGCUCGUUCCCAACCCCGUCAACGAAUUCGAAUCGGCAUACAUUUACAAUGCUGCCGCCAUCGUGUUGGAUGACACUGUCUUCCUCCUUUAUCGCGCCCAGAACGCUGCCAAGGUGUCUACCAUUGGACUAGCUUGGUCUUCUGAUGGCUACGAGUUUACGCGUCUGGACCGUCCGAUACUUGAGCCCAGCGAGCCCUGGGAAAUGGGCGGUGGCGUCGAAGACCCGCGUAUAGUGCGCAUUGACGGGGUCUUCUACAUGACCUAUACCGCAUGGGACUUGAAGGUGCCAAAGCUCUGCCUGGCAACAUCCACCGAUCUGGUACACUGGGAGAAGAGGGGUGGUCCGCUGUUCCCAGAUUUCAUUGAUGUCGAUGACGCUCUGGACGGACGCAUCAAAGUGCGUUUCGGUCACUCCAAGUCCGGCGCGAUCUUCCCGGAGAAAACAGCAGAUGGCAAAUUCAUGAUGAUCUUCGGCGAGGCAAUCCUCUGUGUGGCCGAGAGUAAAGACCUGAUCAACUGGAAAGCAUGGCCUUUCGAUGAGUACUUUGCCAGGGGAGUCCAUGAGUGGGAGAAUCGACUGUUGGAACCCGGUCCAACCCCAAUCAAGACUCGAGAUGGUCGGUGGAUCCUGGUGUAUAAUGUUGCCACAAAAGGUGCUUCUGGAUUCCAUUUCAACCAGUAUUCCAUCAGCCAGAUGUUGAUCGACCUCGAGAAUCUUCGUGAUGGCCCACUGGCUCGCCUCGACCGCCCGUCGGUUGUUGUGUCGGCAAAGAACGAGCAUCUCGGACAAGUCAAUGAGGUUGUAUUCUGCGAAGGAAUGGUGCAGUUCAAGGGAAAGUGGUUCAUAUAUUAUGGACAGGGAGAUAGCGAGCUUGGAGUUGCGACAGCUGAGGUUCAGCCAUGA